AUGGGAGUAAAAGUCAAAGUAGAGUUUCUAGGAGGCUUGGAUGUUAUAUCAGAAAACAUCAGAGAGCAUAAGCUUAUUAUGCCUAAAGAAGAGGGUGAAGCGACUUUGAAAGAUUUGAUAGAGUAUAUUACACAAACUGUCAUCAGUGAUCCAAAGGACAUACCUGUCUUUAUAGAAGAUGACACGGUACGUCCAGGUAUAUUGGUACUCAUAAAUGACACGGACUGGGAGUUGGAGGAGAAAGAAGAAUAUGUAAUAGAAAACGGUGACAUAUUUACAUUUACUAGUACUUUACAUGGAGGAUAG